AUGGAGCGAUUGUGUCCGCUAUGCCAAAAAACGGGGGUGGUCAGUAGAUUAUCUAAUUACCCCUUAAAUGAGAGUGAAGAUAUUGAGAUGUGCGAAAACGAAAAGUGUGUAUGGCCGUUUGGCUACGAGGCAUUUAAAUUUAUCCCCAAAAUCGACGAGGACCUCAAAGAAAUAAUGGAAGCAAGUAAAAACCUUCCUGUCAUACCCAUCUCUACAGAAUUAUCACUAUAUACCCCGCCAGUGACGCCGGUGGACAACCAGGAGGCAAAAACAGACGUCAAAGGUUUGACAAAUUUAAAAUACCCUGAAUUCGCUGAUGAGAAUUCAGAUUUUGAUAAAGUUUUUAAAACUCCAGGUAUCACGGACUCGUACGCAUCACCGGCGACUAUCACCAAAGACAUCCAAGUGUUGGGCAGUCCUUCUCCAAGUAUCUUUGACAUCGACUCGCCGGAAAAAAAUCUAACAUCACGUUCGAUCCAAGGCUGUGAUAAAAAACUAGUAUUUAAAAGCAAUUUCCCAGGAACUGGUGCGAGGAAAAAGUCCCUGCCCACUGUAACGAACACUGAGACAGUUACCUCAAUGAGGAUACUGAAAAGAUUACCUAUGAAAAAAGUGGUACUGAAAAAAGUAAUUAAGCCAGUUAUUAAUAAUGUAAAUAAAAAUAUGUCAACGGUGCCUUUUAAUCACGGGAAUAGUUUAGAACUGCCAAACAUUGUCUCGGUCUCGGAGAGUAAGUUAGACGCGGAAGAGCUUGAGGUGAAGGCUGAGAAUAAAGAUCAGAAUUUCACCCUUGACUUGCAGGAUAUUUCUUUUGAUGAGAGUUUUAUCAAGCAGGAUAAUUUCGAAAGUAUUAUACCCGAGCUUGACUCUGGUGACUUAAACCAGCAGAUGGACGUUGAUGAUUGGUUAAACUCGUUAAUCUUGUAA